AAGCAGAUGCUUAACCGACUGAGCCACCCAGGCGCCCUAUCAUUCUCCUCUUGCCAGAUCCUAGAUCUACCCUGAGGUCUCCGAUCCUCCAGACCAGGAGACCCCAUCAGACUUAUUGGCACGGGGGCAGCUGUAGGAAUCCCACCAGCUCCCUCCACAGAACAGUCUUCUCUUGGGACCUCUCACCUCCACACCCCUCCCUGCACCACCACCCACCAUCUCCCAACCCAUUUUUCUAAGGUGAGGUGGGAGGGAUCCCAACCCACUUGUGGUAAGAGAGGAGGAACUUCCCAAUGGACCAGGCAGGAAAGGAAGGUGGGAGAUGGGUGGGGACGUCUGUUCCAGGGGCGGAAAGGAACGGGAGAAGUUACAGAAUGUCAGAGGGCAGAGGGAUGGUGGGAAAACCUACUCCCACAGACUCCAAGUGGGCGUGGACCCACUUGCUGCUCGGCCACCUUAAUUUCCAGGGAUGCUUUCUCCUCAGGCCAGACUGGGGACCCCCAGAAGCACCUGCCCCCAGGAGCUGAAGGUUUGUCAGUUGACCCCCUGGAGCCAAGCAUCCCCUGGGAAAGGAAGAGCAGGAGACCCAUGACCUCUGGGGUGGGGGGAUGGGAGGGUCUCGCCAGCUGAGGUGUCUGGGAUCCCAAGCCAGCCUGACUCCCCCUUCUGCUCUGUCCCACGGGCUCUUGCUACUCACAGCAGGGUCCACGGACCUAGGAGCUUGUUAGAAAUACAGAAUCUCAGGCACCACCAAGUCCCACAGCAUCAGAAUCUGCACUGUGGAGAGAUUCUCAGGGGAUCCUUAGGGAAGCCCUGCUCUAGACAGGUGGUUUGUAAGCUUUAGGACAACACGGUGUGUGAGCAGGUGCUGUGCGUUAGGAGUGGAGGGACAGUGGCUAAGCCCCUUGCGUCAGGUGGCUGUCCCUCAGUGAGCCGGCUGGAAAGUGAGGAGGCUACUCCAGACAAGCCCCACAUGCCCUUCAGACCUGCCGGCCUCGCCCUGACGUCGCUCGAGCUGGAAACUCGGAGGCAGGUCACGUAAGCUGGUGCCCAGUGCACACGUGGCCCUGCCUGUGCAGGGAUUGUCCACGCCACGAGCGGGCCCACUCCCUGCAUCCUCCCCACGCUCCCUGGGCGCUCUGCCCUCAGUGACAGUGGGAGCCGGCCUGGAGCACCAGCCUCAACCCCAUCUGGAAGGCUCUGGGACAGAUCCAUUUCCUCCCCUCCCUUGGCCUGCCUCAGGCAAGCUCAUGCCUUGGGGGCUCACUCCCCAGCCUCCUCCCCAUCCCACCGCUGGCCCCUGCCUCGCCUCCCGCCGCACUGGGGACAGGCAAGAUCCCCCCUUCUGAGCCCGGGGUUCAGUAACUCAGCAAAUACUUACAGAGCACCUGCAAGUCCAAGGCUUGUGCUGGGCUGGCCUCUGGGGAGCCAGUCGUGAACCAGACAGCCGGGGUUCCCGAUGGCGCCGAGCCACCACUCUGAGGGGAAGACAGAUAUUAAACACGUAAAGGCGCCAUUGAUAACUCCCUUACCACUCGCAGAUGCUCUUGCCAGUCCCUCCUUGGACACCCCCAGUGUGCCAGGCAUGCGCCAGGCACGGCAGACCCCCGGCUGAGAAAGCACAAUCCCGGCUCUCCCCAGACUCGCAACCGAAGCCACAGAGCUAUGGGUUUGGGCAUCUACUCGAGGUUUACCAGGAGCCAACGAUUCAUUACAUUUUCUCUUGUCUUCACUUGGGAAAAACUCCAAUCCCGUUAAGCCCUGAGCAGAGAGCUCAUUCUGUCUAAAUCCCCCGGCGGGGCAGGAAAGAGGACCCUCUGCAUUGCUCUCCAAUAUCCACCCUAUAGGUGGCUCGGCCCCAAGCCCUGGCCAUGAGGAGGCCCCCAAAGGAGGCCGGGCUGGCCCUCGGUGCGGUGGGGGGAGCUUCCUGCCGGCCGUCCCAGGCCCCUGCCUCAGUUCCCCUUUCGCCCCUCGAGUCUCCCCGCUUCUCUUCCCUUCAUUCUUCGCCUCCCACCUCAGCAGUGCCCAUUUCCCGCAAGGCCCAGACGCGGCCCUCACUGCCCCCCCGAGGAGACCAUGCACUGCGGCUGCGUGGCCGGGGGCGCCCCCGCUGGCCCGGGCAGGCCCUGGAUCUCAGGCCUGGCCUUCCCGGACUGGGCCUACAAAGCCGAGUCCUCCCCGGGCUCCCGGCAGAUCCAGCUGUGGCAUUUCAUCCUGGAACUGCUGCAGAAGGAAGAGUUCCGCCAUGUCAUUGCCUGGCAGCAGGGAGAAUACGGGGAGUUUGUCAUCAAGGAUCCCGAUGAGGUGGCCCGCCUCUGGGGCCGCAGGAAGUGCAAACCCCAGAUGAACUACGACAAGCUGAGCCGGGCCCUCAGGUAUUACUACAAUAAGAGGAUCCUGCACAAGACCAAAGGCAAAAGGUUCACGUACAAGUUCAACUUCAGCAGGCUGAUCGUCAUCAACUACCCUCUGUGGGAGAUGCAGGCACCGCCUUCCCCCCACUUGCUGCUGGGGGCCCCCGCCCUCUUCUGGCCAGCCCUGCUGCCCAUGGGCAUGCCCAGUGAGCUCCUGCACAGCCUGCUGCUUGCCCAGUGGGCCCCGGCGGAGCACCUGGCUGGACAGCAGACCCCCCGGGGGCUGCCAGAGGCCGCUGAGGACAAGACGGGGAGCGGCAGCGGCGCCCCCCGCCUUGGCUCUCUCCCGGUCCCCUUCCAGCUUGGCCCUUGUUGUCUUCUGGGGAGCCCCCAAGACAAGCCGCCCAGUCUUGCCUCCUUCACCCCUCCCCUCCUGCCCUCCCUCCCCACCAACUGGACCCGCCUCUCAGGGCCCUUCCUGCCCCAUGUCCCCCCAGAGCGGCAGUUCCCAGGGACCUCCAAGCCAGACACCCUGCUCCCAGGGCCCGGGGGCCCCCCAGUGACACGCCCCUUUCCGGGGCUCCCCUUGUUGGCUGGGCUGGGGCAGGGGGCUGGUGAGAGGCUCCGGCUCUUGUCCCUGAGGCCCCAGGGGCUGGAGAUAAAGCCCUGUCCCAUUGGGGCACAGGGACACCUGGAUCCCAGGGAGGUCUUCUCCUCAGAGAUUCACAGACCCAAAACUGGGGACAAAAGCUCCGUGUCCCCCCAGCUGGGGAACUUCAAGGCAGUGUGGCCCUUGGAUCCUCCUUAGGUGGGGAGAAGAUGGGAGGAAGGGGUCCCCCAAACUCCGUCCCUUCUCUUGUCUACUUCCUUUCUGGCUUUGCGCCUUGCCCAGCCUGGAAACGGGUUUAAAUUGCAGGAGGCUUUGAAGGGGUGGA